UUAGUAACUACUAAUUAGUUAGGAGACAUCUUUCAUUGCAUUUUGAAAAUGAUUUGGAUUGUUUUAUCAAUGUGCGCCUCUACCUGAAAGCUUGGUUUCUCGCCCUUUCUGGUUUCUUUCUUUUCGUCCAAUAGACAUAUCAGGUUUUCCUAUUUAAGUUAACUUUAUAAAUGUUUUAGCAAAACUUCGGUUUUAGGUAACUUCUGCUAUUGCGAUCGUAUCGAGCCCCAGCCUCAUCUUGGACAUAAAAGAGACGAGGCUGUUCUUGUUUGAUCAAAGCGAAAGUGAAACUACCCGAUUGCGGUUACUGGACUGGUCUGCACAUCGAUUUUGUUGACAUUUAGUUCACUGAAUUCAAGAAUGGAUAUUAAGGAUAUAAAUAACAAAUGCUUCUGAAAGGCACGGCAACAAUGGCAGUCAUUGAUGCAGUGGUCAAAGGUGAUACUGAAAAAUUAGCACGUUUGAUCGCGAACGAACACGACAUAAAUCAUACUGACUCUUUUGGAAACACGGCUUUGCACUUAGCACAAUGCCCCGCCAUUCUCCGACAGUUGAUUUCAGUAUCACGUGAUAUAAACAUACGAAACAUGGAAGGAGACACACCACUUCACUGCUGGUACCAAUUGCACAUUAAAUCGCCAAACUUUGUCUUUGAUUUUGACAAGAAAAAGAAUAUGAUGUCAAUGUUAAUAGAUGCUGGGGCUGAUUGCGAUAUUCAAAAUAAUCUUGGGUAUACAGUGCUGCACACCGUGUUUAUAUAUGGUGGCAGCGCUGGUCAUAUCUUGACUGAGCAGCAGAUAAACGAACUAAUCAAGCUCGUUGUCGUUGAUGGACAUGCCGAUGUGAACAAAGCUGAUUUUGAAUUGCAGCUGCCUAUCCACCACGCUGUGUGCGAGUCUUAUUUCAAUCCCGUCCGUUUACUGCUUGAAUGGGGUUCAGAAAUCAAUGCAAAGAACAUUUGGGGUGGCACCCCUCUUUAUUUGUUAUCAAGCAGCGAUGAUGAAGACCUGAUAAAGUUGCUGCUUCAAAAUGGUGCUGAUCCACUUGUACAGGAUCAUCAUGGUAUGACUUGCUUGCACGAGUCCUCGACUCUUGGGAAUAUAACGUUCAUGGCGCUAGUCAUAAACCAUGAACAGAAUUCCGUUAACGAGAAUAAACAAAAGGCAGAAACUCUUCUUGUUAACAUACGUGAUAUAAACGGUGCUUCUGCAAUACAACUCGCAGCAGCAUAUAAGAGCAUAGAAGCAACCACCCUUUUGUUAAGCUGUGGUGCCCUGUUGAAUACACCUGAUGACUACGGCUCCACAAGUCUCCAUUAUGGGGCCUUUGGUGGUACUAUUGAAAUUGUUACAAUGCUAGUUGAAUCUGGCGCUGAUAUACAUGCUUUAGAUAACAAUGGUUCUACACCAAUACAAAUAGCUCUGAACAGGAAUUAUUUCGAGACUGCCUCUGCCAUUCAGAAAGCAGCUGAAGCAUUAGGAAAUACUUUUGAAGGAUCACCUACCAAUGAAGGCUUGCAAAUUGAGCAAAAGUUUACUGCUGACAACAUGUUCAGUACCUACGUAAUGGAAGGUAAUUUGUAUUCGAAUCCAUUUGAUAUAAGCCAUGUAGAUGAAACGCUUUUCGAAGAACUUGGAACUGUAUUUGAAGGUGAUUUUGAAGGGUAUCUGAAAGAAAUGGCCAAAGUCGAAGGGGUUGGCAUGAUCCCAGACCACGAGGAAGUAAAGCAAAUAGAAAAAGAGAUUGAGAACUUCAUACAAAGGGUAGUAGUUUGCAUAGGAGAAAUCGACCCGCGUUUCAAAGGUUCAGUUUUGCAAAGCGGAAGUUGGUACGAAGGAACAAAAGUCGGCGACCCAGAUGAAUUCGAUUUUAUGCUGUGCUUGACUGAAUUUCAAAAACAAUGCAGUAUCCAAAUACAGGAUAAUCAAAUUGACGAUAUACAAGUCCUGAAAAACAAAAUGAGCUCAGGGUUGACGGGGCAAUUUUUCCAAGAUGGUAAGUUACAGGGUGGCAAGUUGAUGGAAAAAUUUGUUUCUUUGGCAAAACAAGCGUUGUGCAGAAUCGGGUACAAAUCUGGUUGCAAGAACUUGAAUUUUCAAGGCAUAACUAGUCACACAUUAGUAGAAAACACUUGGGUUUCCCAUGGAACAGUAACUUGUGAAUUAAAAUUUACAUGGACAGGACCACGGUAUAAGGGACUGAUCAUCACAACAGACCUUGUUCCAGCAAUAUUUGUUCAAAAGUGGCCUUCCUUUGCAGACAGCUCCUUUUUAACCACAAAACUAGCAACAGGUGGGUGCGGCUGUCAUGUCGUACCAAAGUUGGGUAAAUGGAGGCUAUCGUUCUCUUUGGCAGAGAGGAUGGUUUUUGACAGUUUGUCCAAAGAGGUAAAACAGGCAUAUGCUCGUGCCAAGAUAGCCUUACAUCCAGCUUCAGCAACUUGCUUUUUUACUGUUGGGAAAGAAGACGAUUUUGAUGAGGAAGGAUUCUUGUCUGACGAAGAGGCAUAUAUAGAUGAAGAAGAUGAAAUGGGAGUAAUUGUGAAUGAAAAAGAAGAGGAUAAUAACAGCAAUGAAAUGAAAGAAGAAGAAUUGCGAAGCGUCCAGCAUGCUUCUAAGAUUGUUCGAAAAGGACAUGAAGAAAGAGAAGAAACUAGAAAAGGAAAAGAAAAGGAAGAAGAAGGCAGGCAAGAUUUAAGUACAAAACGCUUUUUUAUCGAUUGCAAAGGUAAGGAUGAGCCAAAGGGAAUAGAAAAAGACAAAACAGAACCCGAGAAGAAUGAUUUGAAAUGUCUAAAAACGGACGAAGUAGAAAAGCUUAGCAGAGUGAAUGCAGUUGAUAUACUUAGAACAACUGAAGAACCCCCUAGCUGCUCAUUUGUUGAUCUGGAAAAAGGAAAUACAGAGAAAUGUGCGAUUCCUAACGCCCAGGAGCGUUGGUAUUUGACUAAUGACACGUCUGCGCUCCGUAAGGACAACUACGAAGAGGAACCUCGUAUGGCAAGUGUCAAACUAGACACAGUGAUGCACUCAAGAUUGCUCUCAAAUGAAACUGUAUCAGCGUUAAAGUUGGAGGAUUCGGUUGCAGCUAAAGUUCUGUUGGAAGAGUUAAAGGAAGGCGACCAAAUAACGUUAAAUUACUACAGUAAGAAAAGCUCCGAGCCUAGAGCUCUUGAAGCCAAAUCAUUAAUCCCAUCGUAUCUUUUAAAGCUCGUACUUUUUAAAUGUUUAGAGCAGUACGACGCACAACAGAAGCAGUCUGAGUCGAUAAGCACUGCCAUGAUUUAUCGCGAACUAAAAAACUGCUUAGAAAAAAAUGAGCCUGUCCCAUAUUUCUUCUGCAAAAAGCGUGAUUUUCUGCCGAAAGUAAUCACCUCGAAGGAAAAAAGGUGUGCCAUAGCAUUUAUUGUAACAUUUUUAUGUGCUUUGUUUGAAAAAUUUGAUCAGAAUACGAACUGAUCCGCAAAGCCUUGGUUUUACUUGUACAUGGAGUACAAGCAGUAGAUGGAGGAUAUGGAAGAUGACUUUUCAUUUUUCAACAUAUUCUUGUAAGCAAACUGAUUAUAAUAUUACUUGUCUUUGAUGUAUGUAGAAUACUUCUUGCCGUCACUUUUUUCUUGCUUGCAAUCGCCAAGAGCUCAGAGGACAGAUUACAAUAAAUUAUACGGUAAACCACCGAAGAAAUGUUGAAUACAGUACAAAGAAUUUUCAAACAUGAGUGGUGCGAUUUCCCGGUGUUCCUUGUUUCACGGGUCAGUAUUAGUUAUAAACUUUAUACUCUUUGCACACUGCCGUUGCUUGACCUUCAAGGCUAGGUGCGCGGAGAAACAUCAAUUGUGAAAUCUGACCAAGACAUAGAUCUACAAAAACUUAGGUACCAAUUUAACCUACCUAUAGUCAACUCGAUCGACAAACAAAGGACUUUGGACAAACUGAACAUUUACCGACUAAUACCGGUUACCGAGAUAUAACGAUUUUAUCGACUAAUGGAAAAUUUGGGGAUGUCCCAUCCCAUACACCCCUUGCUAGCUACUCCUCUGUCUUUGUAGGCUUCAUGCUCAGCGUUGGAAAAAUUGCUGGAUCUUUCGUGUCCUUUCAGUAUUAGCCUUACUUGAUAUGUUUGCUGUACUGCCCUUAGCUUGUAUGUACAUCUAUUUUUUUUUAUUAGAAACUAACGUCCGGUGCUGGUAGACAGUUUUUAAAAUUUUCAGGCCAUUUUGUUAUCAACAGUUUCUUACAUGUUUCUUAAAUUACUUGGGUAAUGAAAUUUUUAAACGUGCUUCCAAGGUAAAGUAAAUAGUUCACUCACAUUCAGAGAUAAACUAGCAAAGCAAUAAAGGAGUUUUGUUUUCCUAGAAUGACUAACUCCGUUGAGAUCUCUAAACAGUUAAGCUCAUUGAACUCCAUCAAUGUCAAGUUGAAGUCAAAAAAGAAUUUUGAAUGGGAACUUCUUGAGUGUGCAAUUAACGGAGAAUGAAUGCAAACUGCAUGUCAAGUGUAGUGUUGCAAUAUACAGUGAUGUUCAAUGUCAAGAUUUUCUUGAGUGUCAACUCGGAAAAUUCAAACUUCAAACAAUAAAAGUUUCUUAGCUUUUUUUUGAUUUGGAUAGGGUUGUUUCUUAACUUUCGAAAAAUUGAGUCUACCGUUUUUUAUAACCUGUUUCUUAUAAAAAAUACGUGCAGUCUUACUUAGCUUGUUGUAUCUUUUAACUUUUAUAAUCUCAUUUUCACAUAUAAUGCAAAUUUAACUGUAUUAUUUAGUUGGUAUUAUUAAUUGACAUCGACUGAAUGUUGGAAUUCACAUGCUUUUAUAGCUUGUGUCUUAAUUUAGGAUUUAUCUAGAUUCCAACAGAACAGAAAGUGCCUCCCCAAUAGUUUAGGUUCGAGAACCUAUGAUUGUAUUAGUAGGAGGUUAACAGGCAGGUUUUUUGAACUUUGAAUUUUAGGACAUCUUCUUUGGCUCUACUAACUGCUAACUGCUAAGAGCCCUGCUAAGAGAUUGUGCAAAAAACUAUAAUGGCGACAUGUUUCGGAUUAUUGGUAAAGCCUUAUCGUCGUUCCGCCUAGCAGUUUUGGAAUCUAUCUACAUAAGCACGAAAAAAACCGCUACUGUGUAGACAAAGGGAGUUCGUUUUCACCUUAGGGCUCCAUUGGUAACAUUCUCAAUAGGCAAGCGGCACUGAUUGGUCAACCUCAACAGUCAUGUGUUCGUGUUUCUGAUUGGCUUAUUUCGAUCCACAAAUAUAUAUAUUUCCUAGCAUAGUGUUUUGAUCUAUGUUCUGACGUUUUAAACUCUGAAGAGUGUCAGACGAAAAGCUUUAGUUUACUAAAUGUUUGCUUUUUUCAAAGCCAUUUUCAAGUUUUGUACCACCAAAAGAUUGUUUGAAUAACUUUUCGGUGAACAUGUUAACUCCAGAUAAAAAAAUUGAAGAACGAACAAUAUCUUUCCGAAUAUUAUUAUCAGCAAAUCAAUCCUUCAUCUUAAAUGGCUUACAAAACAGUGGUUUGGUGGUCUUAUGAAGAAUUCCUUGUAAGAAUAUGUGGAACAAGCAGUAUAGAUAAAAACAUGUUUAUAUCUAUUUCGUUCAGGUAAUAUAAGCCAAAAGUAUUUGCGAUAGAUUUUAUGCUAUUGGUAUUUUUUGCAAACGUGAAGUAUGAAAAGCCUUUUAAACCCCUAAAAAGAUGGAAAAAACUAAAAGAACCCAGGUGUAAUAUGGUUGGUAUCUUAACAGGUCUACAGAUCAAUAGUCACUUGAGUCAAUGCUGUGAUCAAGUAGAUAAUUCUCACACAACAUUUUAAGAGGUAUUCAGUUAUUUUGUUAUUUCAUAUUUCAUACUGGGAACCAAAGUUAUUUCAUAUUUCAAGACCUAAAGCCUAAAUAUUUAAAUUUUCAUUCCGAAGAUCUUAAUUAUUUCAUAUUUCAAAUACCCCUUAUAGGGCCUAAAACCUGGUAACACGAUAGUCCUGGAAAGAAGUGAAGUGCGUCGAUGAUAACAGAAGCCAGAGGAUUGGCCACUCACGAAAUCUUCGUAAUUUCUUUCCUUGCAAUGUUCGCCACGACACGAAAAUUCAAGUAACUAGAGAGAAGAUUAUUUUAAAACUCAAAAUAUAAAGGAAUAAAUAUCAAUUUUUUUCUACAAUAACCACUCAUAAGCUCUGGGUCUGUGGAAUGCGCUCAGAUUUAAGUUCAUAAGUUUAUGUACUAAGUACAUUUGCUUAGUAGAAAUCAUUCAAAAAUUAUGUUCGUAAUCAUUUCCAUUUGCAAUAAUUAAUAAAACAGGGGUAUGGUCAAAAGUAGGGCCGCCAAAAAUAGGGUUGAAAACGACCAACGUGGCCUACAAGAAUACGAGGUCAAAUGUUUGAAAUUGAGGCUGGCAACACCUUUGGCAUUACGGAACAUUUCGAAACUGAACAACAGUAUAGUAGUGAUAAACAGGGAUAGUGACUUCAAAGUAAGGUGAGGUUUAUUAUAAUUUAGCAUCUGCGAAACUUAAUCUGAAUAUCGGAAGCCAGCACAUGCAAAAAUGUGGAAAUUUUGCCACCUGAAAUCGUCAAUUGAAAUCUCUUCCACCCAGUAGUGGUGAUGGGAGAUCGAAUUUCCAAACCCCUCUCCUGAACUGCCUAGCAGAACAAGAAAAUCGAUACCAUGAGGCCGGUAAAAUGGAAGUGCCGAAGAAUAACAGUUUUCAGUAUCUUGUUAGUAUUUUUAUUAUUUUGUUACGCAUAUAAACAUCAGAAGCACGUGCAAUCUUGGAUGAGCCAUAAGGUUUCUGAGUUCGCUUGGGAGAAUGUCCAUUGCAAAGGCGUCCAGCGUUGGAAUUCGUCAAGCAAAUGGCCUCCUGUUGAACAAGUGAGUAAAAUGCUACGAAUUAAAGACAAACAGAGCAUAUUUGCAAACGGCCUAGGCU